AUGAGCUUUACAUCUCAGAACAAGAGUGAUAUCUCAUCUUCCUCCAUGUUAUCUUCCUCAAUUCUCCGACCGUCAGUGUUAUCAAAUAAGCUGCCAUCAGUUAACGUGGAUGUGACUACACCUUUCCAGUCAACCACCAAACUGGAGAAACCCCUUGUGGAUCCACCAACCUUUAAACCCGCUGGUCCCGCUUCCACUUCAACUAGACUUACCAGUGCUCCGGGUUAUGUCUUUGGACAAAACAUGAGUUCUCGUGUCGUGAAUGCACCUCAAGGGGCUUCAGAAAAUAUCUGGCAAGCAGUUAAAUCGGGUGCUUGUGACACAGACAAUAACCAAGACAACACGGGCGAUUCUGUGUUCACAACUCUCGCCAAGGUGGUGACCAAGUCCACUGACUCCAAGGUACCAGUACACCUCGAGGAAUCCGCUGUGGCUCUUGCCCGAAAGCGCAACGCGGCACAAAUUGCCUUGCCAUCCAAUUCCAGUGGAGAACCCCACGAAAUCACCACAGGAGAGGAGGAUGAGCGAACCGUUCUGGAGCUCACUUGCAACUCUUAUGUCUUCAAUCGCGAUUCAACUCAAUGGACGCCAAUUGGGCAGAGCUACCUCCAUCUAAACGAUGCCACGCAAUCCUCCGCCUCGUCUCGUCUCAUAAUUCGCCUGCAAUCGACGCGUCGGGUGGUGGUGAACACUCGCAUCUGGUCGGAAAUGCCUGUGGCCUACGUGGCAGAGAACAAAGCGGUGCGGAUCGGCGCGAUGACGGUGGCCGGUCAGAAUGACGUCGAGGGUUCCAUUCGCACCUACAUGCUUCGAUUUGCGACCACAAACUUAGCUUUAACUUUUUUUGAGUCGCUGGAAGAAAGGAAGAAUCACGCGGAGAAAUUGGAUAUGGUUGUCAAGCGUCCAAGAGUUGACGAAUCGCAGGAAUCAACGGAAGGGGGUAGCAUUUCUUGCGAUUCUGCAUUCUCCGAAACAAACCGCAAAACGCCUACUCAAGAGGAUCAGAUUUCAGAUCCCCACACCAUCGCGUUACCUUUACCUGCGGCCUGUACAAAAUCUGGAUGUGCUACUGUACUCUCUCUUCCGUGCCAGCGCGUUAGACUAUACGACGCGUCGAAUGACCUGCUAGAGGACGUCGAGGCACAGGGUGUUUCUGUGCAGAUCACCGACUACCCUCCCAAUGGCCCCGCAGUCCUUGAAGUGACCGCUCCAAACGGCGCUGGAGAGUCACUUCUGACCGUCGCCGUUGGUCUCCGCCUAGCUUUUUGUCAAAUCGGAGAUGCAGAGGUACAUGUUUUCGUAGUGGCUGCUUCCGAGGACCAAACCGAGCAAGAAGGAAGCCUGAAAAAAAGUUGCCAUAUUCAGUUGGCGUCGUCAUCAGAUGCUGAUAGGCUCUAUCGGUCCCUCCUUCUUCGCGUCAACCGCCUUUUCAUGGAAAGUUCUGGUUUACUAAAGGAACCUGAGGGUAAGUGCUUAAAUUAG